AUGGCGAACAUUCAGUUAGAAAAUAGUAUUGCUUUCCCGCUUGGUACCGCUGGUACUAGAUCGGGUAUCGAGAAGCGCACACCGCUCGGCGCACGCCGCCACCACGAUUCUCAACUGAAGGAAAGGACUGGGAAAAAUAAGAAGCGACGCGCCAGCCAGAGGAAGUCAGUUCCUGACCCAGCCACCAACCGAGGAGUUCCUACACCACCACCACCGACAGCACCAGCAGCAACAGUCGCCGCAGUCCGCCAAGCAGAAGCCAGCCCCGAGACACAGCCGCCGCCUAGCAGUUGGAAAGCCUGCCGUCCUCCGUCGUUUCUAAUCCGCCGUCGCUCCGAAACCGCCCGCAAGAUUUGCUCCAACCCGGUGACGAGACUCUACGUAUUGGAGCCAAUUUAGGCGCUGGGUGUCGCAACCAGCCACUUACACAUCGUCGUGCCUUCUGACUUUCCGAAGAAGACAGACAUUUUUUUUGCAUUUAAAAUAAAGCUUUGACUUGUAAAUAGUUUUGGAAAACACGACCUGCUCUUUAUUUUAUAACUGUUGAUUAUCGUUUAAUUUAUUUUCCCCACCUCUGAGCUAAAAGAACUGUAACACUGCCAUACUUCUCCACUGUUUAAAAGCUACCCGAACCGGCACUAGUGGGCCUCUAACCACUUAUUAACUAGAGGUGGCGCCCGAGAUCUUCUAAGCAACAAUACAAGAAACUUAAGCGUCAGUAACACAGCUCAGGAAGAAGCAA